AUGGUUGACAUCACCGACCUUCUGGCCGGUGCCUGCCUGCUCCCGGUGGUCUAUGGGGCGAGUCAGACCCUGGCCCCGAGCACCUCCGCGACGGCUUCUCACACCCAGUUCACCAUCCCUGCGUCGGCCGACGUCGGUGCUCAAUUGAUCGCCAACAUCGACGAUCCGCAGGCCGUGAAUGCGCAGAGUGUGUGCCCUGGAUAUCGGGCUUCGGAUGUUCAUCAUAACUCUCAUGGGUUUACGGCUAGUCUGGAGUUGGCGGGAGACCCCUGCAAUGUGUACGGAACGGAUGUCGAAGCCUUGACUUUGACCGUCGAGUACCAGGCGAAGGAUCGGUUGAACAUCCAGAUCACCCCUACUCACGUUGACGCGUCCAAUGCCUCUUGGUACAUCCUUUCGGAGGACCUGGUGCCCCGGCCCCAGGCUUCGUCGGAUGGCUCGGCUCAUGACAGCGAUCUUGCUUUCUCUUGGUCCAAUGAACCAUCCUUCAAUUUCAAGGUGACCCGCAAAGCCACCGGAGAUGAGCUCUUCAAUACCGAAGGCUCCACUUUGGUGUAUGAAAACCAGUUCAUCGAGUUUGUGAGCGCCUUGCCUGAGGAGUACAACUUGUAUGGCUUGGGUGAGCGGAUGGCCCAGCUGCGGUUGCUGCGCAAUGCCACUCUGACCAUGUAUGCGGCGGAUAUUGGUGAUCCGAUUGAUAGCAAUAUCUAUGGCCAGCAUCCAUUCUAUCUGGACACCAGAUACUACAAAGUGGACAAGCACGGCUCUCACACUUUGGUCAAGACCGACAAGGCCGAUGCCUCUGAGGAAUAUGUGUCUUAUUCCCAUGGUGUCUUCCUGAGAAAUGCCCAUGGACAGGAGGUCCUCCUGAACCCCAAGGGUGUGACAUGGCGUACUCUCGGUGGAAGCAUCGAUCUUACUUUCUACGCCGGCCCAAGCCAGGUCCAAGUCACCCAGCAGUAUCUGAAGAGUACUGUUGGUCUGCCGGCCAUGCAGAAGUAUAGCACGCUCGGCUUCCACCAGUGCCGCUGGGGAUACAACAACUGGACCGAGCUGGCAGAUGUCGUGGCGAACUUUGAGAAGUUCGAGAUUCCUCUGGAAUACAUCUGGUCUGAUAUUGACUAUAUGCACGGUUACCGGAACUUCGACAACGAUGUCCACCGGUUCCCAUACGACGAGGGUGUCGAGUUCCUCAACAAACUCCACGACAGUGGACGCCACUGGGUCCCGAUUGUUGAUGGGGCGCUCUAUAUCCCGAACCCCGAGAAUGCUUCUGAUGCGUAUGAAACAUACACCCGAGGAGCUGCGGAUGAUCUCUGGAUCAAGAACCCCGAUGGCAGCCUCUACAUUGGAGCCGUCUGGCCCGGCUACACCGUCUAUCCUGAUUGGCAUCACCCUAAGGCAGUGGACUUCUGGGCCAACGAGAUCGUGACCUGGUGGAAGAAACUGCCAUAUGAUGGUAUCUGGUACGACAUGGCUGAAGUGUCUUCUUUCUGUGUCGGCAGCUGCGGUACCGGAAACUUGACUCUCAACCCGGUUCACCCACCAUUCGCGCUGCCCGGAGAGCCAGGCAACGUCGUCUACGACUAUCCUGAGGGCUUUGAGAAGACCAACGCGACCGAGGCUGCCUCUGCAUCCGCUGGUUCUUCCAGCCAGGCUGCUGCAGCUCCAACCUCUCCGUCGACGACGACUUCCUAUCUGCGUACCACGCCCACUGCUGGCGUUCGCAAUGUGAACCACCCUCCCUACGUGAUCAACCAUGUCCAGACGGGCCACGAUCUCGCUGUUCAUGCGAUUUCUCCCAACUCCACUCACGUUGAUGGGGUCCAGGAGUACGAUGUGCACAGUCUGUUUGGCCACCAGGGUAUCAAUGCCACCUACCAAGGUCUCCUUGGAGUAUGGCCUGAGAAGCGUCCGUUCAUUAUCGCUCGUUCCACGUUCGCUGGCUCUGGAAAAUGGGCCGGUCACUGGGGCGGCGAUAACAUCUCCAAGUGGGGAUCCAUGUACUUCUCCAUCUCUCAGGCCCUUUCGUUCUCUCUCUUCGGUAUCCCCAUGUUUGGUACCGAUACCUGCGGUUUCAACGGAAACACCGACGAGGAGCUCUGCAACCGCUGGAUGCAACUCUCCGCCUUCUUCCCCUUCUACCGUAACCACAAUGUUCUCUCGGCUAUCCCGCAGGAACCUUACCGGUGGGCGUCGGUUAUUGACGCAAGCAAGGCGGCCAUGAAGAUCCGCUACGCCAUUCUCCCCUACUUCUACACUCUUUUCCACUUCGCCCACACCACGGGCUCGACUGUCAUGCGCGCCCUGGCUUUAUGGUCGGGCCUUCCGUCAUGGUCGUCCCGGUCCUGGGAGCCCCAGGUCGACACCGUCAAGGGUGUUUUCCCCGGUGUUGGCAACGGCGAGGUCUGGUACGACUGGUACACGCAGACUGCGGUUGACGCGGAGCCGGGUGUCAACAAGACUCUCUCUGCUCCUCUCGGCCACAUCCCGGUCUUUGUCCGGGGUGGCAGUGUCAUCCCGAUGCAGGAGCCCGCGCUGACCACCACCGAUGCGCGCAAGACGCCUUGGUCGCUUCUGACAUCACUGAGCAGCGAGGGCACCGCCUGGGGCGAGCUCUAUCUCGAUGACGGCGAAAGCGUCACCCCGGAUGAGACGCUUCUUGUCACAUUCCAGGCUGCGCACUCGAAGCUGCGUGCCACGCCCAAAGGCAACUGGGAAGAGUCGAAUGCUCUGGCCAACGUGACGGUCCUUGGUGUGGCCAAGGAGCCGCGCAAUGUCCGGUUCAAUGGCAAGAAGAUCAGCUCGGUCGCCUACAAUGCGACUUCGCAGGUUCUCUCUGUCGGAGGUCUCCAGGAGCUGACUGGCAAGGGCGCGUGGGCCAAGGACUGGGUCCUGGAGUGGUAG